GGUCACCGCAUUUAAAGCCUCAAAUUCUUGCACACAUGAUUUGUUGACGAGCUCUUGUUCUCGAGCAAAUGUAUCCAGUCUAGAAACUACCUAGCGAAGUGAGCAUCAUGAUCUCCACCAUCACCCCACUACUAUCUUCGCAAUGGGAACAUCACCCUAUUCGCUCUCUUAUCAUAUUACUUCUUCUUAUUCCUGUAUCGUACAUCAUUUCCAAUGAGUACGUGCGAUACUCGCGACGUAUCAAAGGCUUCUCUGGGCCACCAAAUUGGCCUUUGGUUGGAAACAUCCCGGAUAUCAAAUACAAUGCUGCGCAGAAGUAUAUGGAAUGGAGCAAGAAAUAUGGUGCCGUAUAUCAAGUGCAGCUGGGCAAUGAACCGGUGAUUGUGGUCAAUACUGCCGAUGCUGCGAGGAAGCUUUUUGGUGGGCACAGCCAGGCGUUGAGUUCGAGACCGGUGCUUUGGACUUUCCACAAGGUGUUGUCCAAUACUGCUGGUACGACGAUUGGCACAUCGCCUUACAACGAUUCACUCAAGCGAAGGAGAAAGGGCGCUGCUUCCGCGCUCAACAAACCCUCGAUUGCGACGUACAUCGACCAUCUGGAUCUCGAGACCAAGGAUUUCGUAAAAGACGGGUUUGAAUCAGGAAAAACUGGUACUGUGGGCGUAGAUCCAAUGCCCAUGAUCGAGCGUCUUUCUCUCUCGCUGGCCUUGACUCUCAACUGGGGCACACGUAUAGGUAGCCGACAUGAUCCACUGUUCCAUGAGAUCUGCGAGGUUGAAGCAGCUGUGUCCAAGUUCAGGAGUACCACGGGGAAUCUGCAGGAUUAUAUCCCGAUUCUGAGGCUGAACCCAUUCAGCCAGGGUACAAAGCAGGCAAAAGACUACCGGAACCGAAGAGACGUAUACUUGGCCAGGCUGAACCGCGACCUGGACGAGAGAAUGGCAAAGGGCAUCCACAAGCCAUGUAUCCAAGCGAACAUCAUCGAAGACAAAGAGGCCGCGCUGAACAAGGAGGAGCUGACGUCAAUCAGUUUGACGAUGUUGUCUGGUGGUCUGGACACUAUCACCACGCUCGUACAAUGGAGUGUUGCGCUGCUUGCUCAGAGACCAGAGAUUCAAAACAAGGCCAUUGAGGAGAUCAGGAAAUUUUACUCCGAAGAGGAACCGCUGGCCGAUGCAAAUGACGACCAAAAGUGCAGCUACAUUGUCGCUACAGUCAAAGACAUCACGUACGAGGGCAAAGUCAUUCCAGCUGGUAGCACAUUGUACCUGAACGCGUGGGCGUGCAACAUGGACCCCGACGUUUGGAACGAUCCACACGAGUUCCGUCCGGAGCGCUGGCUCGAGCAGCCCAAUGCGCCGUUGCACACCUACGGACUGGGUUACAGGAUGUGCGCGGGAUCGCUAUUGGCAAAUCGAGAGCUCUACUUGAUCUUUUUGCGCUUACUGAAUAGCUUCGAGCUUGUGCAGGACUCGCCGGUGGACGUGCACCCGGUACGAGGCAGCGCGGACCCGACCUCCCUGGUGACGAUGUGCCAUGCUUACAAGGUGAUCUUCAAGCCGCGAAAUGAGAGGGUGCUGCGCGAGGCUUUGAAGGCGGCGGAUGAGCGAUUGGCUGCGAAUGAAAGGACGUAA